AUGCUGCUGUGCCUGCUGUCUCCUGCGUCAUGCACAACCUGCCCCCAGAAAUGCCGAUGCGAGGACCAGCAGUUCUACUGUGACACCCAGGGAUUAGAAGCGCCCCCGGACGGCGUUGACAGGGGGGCCCUGGGAUUGUCGCUCCGCCACAACAGCAUCGCUGAACUCAGCCCGGACCAGUUCUAUGGCUUCUCCCAGCUCACCUGGCUCCACCUGGACCACAACCAGAUCACCACGGUGCAGGAGGACGUCUUCCAGGGGCUCUACAAGCUCAAAGACCUCAACCUGAGCUCCAACCGGAUCACCAAGCUGCCAAACACAACCUUCAUCCACCUCAUCAACCUACAGAUCCUGGACCUGUCCUUCAACCUAAUGACUGCGCUGGAGCCUGAGUUGUUCCACGGCCUCCGCAAGCUGCAGAUCCUCCACCUGCGCUCCAACUCGCUGCGCACCACCCCCGUCCGGGCCUUCUGGGACUGCCGCAGCCUUGAGUACCUGGGUCUGUCCAACAACCGGCUGCGGAGCCUGGCCCGGAACGGCUUCGCUGGCCUCAUUAAGCUCAGAGAACUCCACUUGGAACACAACCAGCUGACUAAGAUCAACCUGGCCCACUUCCCCCGCCUGGUGGCUCUGCAGUUCCUUUACCUGCAGUGGAACAAGAUCUCCAACCUGACCUGCAACAUGGAGUGGACCUGGACCACGUUGGAGAAGCUGGACCUCACAGGGAACGAGAUCCGGGUGCUGACCCCGGACGUGUUCGAGACGCUGCCCAACCUGAAGAUCCUCCUACUGGAUAACAACAAGCUAGACAGCCUGGACUCUCUGGUCAUGGAUAUGUGGCUGUCUCUAGGUACCGUGGGGCUGUCCAGCAACCUUUGGGAAUGUACCAAACGGAUCUGCUCCCUGGCCACUUGGCUGAGCACCUUUAAGGGGAGGUGGGAACACUCCAUCCUGUGCCACACCCCCGAGUACGCCCAGGGCGAGGAGAUACUGGAUGCCGUUUAUGGAUUCCAGCUUUGUCCGAAUUUUACGGCGCCGCCACCGGUCGUCUUGACCACAAGCGCGUUGUCGACGGCCACGGACACGUCGACGGGAACGGCGGCAGAGGCCACCAGCUCGCUGUUUGGAAUAAUGCAGCAGACACCCACGCAGGACUUCUAUUUGGAUUUUGGGCGCUUUACGACAAUAACGACAACGACCGCCACGCCACGCACCGCCCUGGCAACCGCCCUGGCAACCUCCGCCACGACAGUGGAGGGCGGCGGCGGAGCGGUGGGAGUCACGGAGGACUUCUCGGAGACGGACAACACGGUCCUAACCCAGAGGGUGAUCAUUGGAACUAUGGUCCUUCUGUUUUCCUUCUUCCUCAUUAUUUUCAUUGUGUAUAUCUCACGGAAGUGCUGCCCUCCUACCAUGCGCAGGAUACGCCAGUGCUCGGCCAUGCAGAACCGCCGCCAGAUGAGGACCCAGCAGCGGCAGCAAAUGGCGGACCUGGCCACGCAGGUACCCUAUAACGAGUACGAGCCCAGCCACGAGGAGGGAGCGCUGGUCAUCAUCAACGGCUACGGGCAGUGCAAGUGUCAGCAGCUGCCUUACAAAGAGUGUGAAGUAUAA